AUGUCGCGUCUCGCUGCCCGAACCGCGCACAACAAGAACAACAACAAGAAGGAGUCCUCUCUCGCCGACUCCAAGCCCGCGCUUGAGAAGGGCGUCUCCGUUGAGGAGGUCUUCAAAUGGUACAUUGUGACGGAGCUGCGCGACUUCUUGCGCAAGAACGGCCUCCCGGUGUCAGGCCGAAAGGCCGACCUCGUUGAGCGCGUCGUCGGCCACCUCCACUCCGGCUCGCGCGGCUCCUCGUCGAGCAACGACGAGUCGAGCGAAGACGAAGAAAAGAGCGAAAGCGAAAGCGAAAGCGAAGGCGAAGAGUCGAACGACGAAGAUGAGGCCAGCGAGGGCGACGAAGACGAGGAGGAAGAGGACCGGGGCGAUGCCUACGUUGAGAAGGUAGGAUUCGAGAGGACUCUGCAGCAGAUCGCCAAGGCGGCCGGGUUCGAGCCCGAGCCGCUGCUCAUGCUCGACAUCAGCCAGUUCGAAACAAAGCUUCAGGCCAGGCUGGGAAGCUACGCCCGCCUGCCCGACGAGCUGUGGCAGCUGUACCGCUUCUCCAAUGGGUUCUGCUGGGGCGAGAAGGACCUCCAGGUGUUUCCGCUCGCCGUCAGCUGUCGCGAAGACAUCUUCGGGGCGGAUGAGGAGGACACGGACCUGCGCCGCGACUACUCGCCCUACCACCACCCGGCCUGGAUCCCGUUCGCCUGCCGUGGUGAGUAUGACCACUUCCUGAUCAACGUCAACGCCGAGUCGGAGAGCUACGGCCAGGUGAAGAGCUGGUCGGACAUGGACGCCUACGCCAAGUUCGUGGCUCCCUCGGUCCAGUCCCUGCUCACCAGGCUCCUGAAGGGCGCACCGCAGCGCCGGCGCAAGGGCAGGCGACGACGCUGA